UGGUAUCAAAGAAAUAUUUACUCGUAUCGUUCAUCCGUUCAUCCCUACUCUUUGUUGUCAAGUCAUCGAAUGAAAGUAUUUUCAUUCAGUACAUGAUAGUAUAGUAUAUUUUUAAUGUAAAUAAAUUACUGUCCUAUUGAAAAAAUAGGAUGACUUUAUUUACUUCGUUCCUAAUCCUUGUUGGUCUGAUAGGCCUAACUUUUUGUGCUGUUAACAUAGACGAAGAAGUUGGAAAUGGACGAAACAUCAUUGAAGGCAGAGUUUUUCCUCCUGAGGAUCAAGAUAAGAAUGGUUGGCAAGUAAAUACAAGAAUACAUGUAAAUGGAGGGGAAUAUAUUGGCUUCAUUAGAGAGGAUGGUACAUUUGUUAUACAUAAUGUACCAUCGGGAUCUUAUGUUGUAGAAGUUGUCAAUCCGGAUUACAUGUACGAGCCAGUACGCGUUGAAAUUAACUCCAAGGGCAAAUAUAGAGCUAGAAAAGUUAAUUACAUCCAGACUUCACAGGUUAUUCAAGUUCCCUAUCCACUUCGGAUGAAACCACUAUCUAAAUUCCGGUAUUUCCAAGUACGUGAGCAAUGGAGACUAACAGAUUUCCUAUUUAACCCAAUGGUCAUCAUGAUGGUACUACCCCUGCUGCUGAUUAUGAUCUUACCCAAAAUGAUGAAUGACCCUGAUACUAAGGAGGAAUUAAAGCAAAUAAGCAAUCUGGCAAAAAUGUCUGAGAUGCCCGAAAUGUCAGAAAUGUUUACUUCACUUUUCAGUGGAGGAUCUACAGCAAAACAAACCAACUCUAAGGCGAAACAAAUAAAGAAGAGACAGUAAUCAUAUGUAGUGAUUCUAAUUUAUUUACCAUAUUGUUUAAGUAUUUGUGAUUUUAUAUAGGGAUAGUUAAAAAUAAACUUUGUAAAUGAGACUUUUUGUACCCUUUAUUCUAGAUUUACUUUCUGCCAAAUGAUUUCAUCUGUAUCAAUUUAAAACACUAACCACACCGGGUACAACAGUACUGAUAAUUAUUAAAUCAGGGCAGCAAAUUU